GCAGCAGAUGCGUCCAACCCUCCUGUCGGAUGUCCGAAGCGGGACGCGCUGGUGCGUUCAUCCACAUGGCUUCAUAGAGGAAGAGGAGGCUGCGGGAGCGCAACGCACGGAUUGAUCCUAAACUAUUAACCUGCUCUUUCCUGCUAUAGGAAGCUUUGGAUUUCUUUCAGAAGAGGUUGAUGCUUCGAUCUGAGGUUUUUAAAUGCCCCGACAGACGGCGAGCUGCGACUAAAUGAGGGUGCUGGAGUAAAACAGUAACAGCCCCCCCUGGUGGUGUGGAGGAAUGAGGGCCUCUGGAUGAAGGCCAUGGAGCUGAAAGUCUGGGUGGACGGAGUCCAGCGCAUCGUAUGUGGUGUCAGUGAGUUCACAACCUGCCAGGAAGUGGUCAUCGCUUUGGCACAAGCAAUUGGACGGACUGGCAGAUACACUUUGAUUGAGAAAUGGCGAGACACAGAGCGCCACCUGGCUCCACAUGAAAACCCUGUGGUGUCCCUCAACAAGUGGGGUCAAUAUGCCAGCGACGUGCAGCUCAUCCUCCAGCGAACCGGCCCCUCCAUCAGCGAGCGGCCGACCUCAGACGGGUUGGCUCGGGUCCCAGAAAGGGGGCUCUACCGACAGAGCCUCCCGCCUUUGGCCAAGCUCCGGCCUACAGGGACGGAGCGCUCCAUCAAACGUAGGGAACCCAAACGCAAGUCUCUGACCUUUACCGGGGGAGCCAGGGGCCUGCGGGAAAUAUUUGGAAAAAGUAAAGAUACUGAAGGCAAACAGCCUCAGCAUCGUGGUGUUAGCCUGAACCUGAGCAGAGUUGGCGGCGGUGGAACUGCAUCUGUACCUGGGAGCCCGGCCAGGGAGCUCAGCCGGCUGGUGCAGCUGCAGAGAGACAAACUGCAGGCCCUGGAGGGCCGUCUGCUGGGCUGUGAGGCUGAGCUGCGAGACUGGGAGGAAGCCAGUGAUCAGGAAGGAAACCUGGAGGAUGAACUUCAGCUUCUGGAACAGCAGGCAAGGAGGAACGAUGCGGAGAUGCAGGAGGAGGAGUUUUGGCAGAACGAGCUCCACAUUGAGCAGGAGAGCGAGCGGAAGCUGAGGCAACAGCUCGCCGAGCUGCAGGGCCGCGUGCAUGACAGCGAAGCUAAGCUAUCAGAGUAUUUAGCACGGAUUCAGAGUAUGGAGACAGGCCUGGAGAAGGAGCGACUGCAGCAGGAGGCUGAGCUCAACCUGAAGGUCAAGGAGGAGGAGGUGCAGGUCCAGCUGGAUAAAGUGAGGGCAGAGCUCGAAGUGCAGAGCCAACAGACGGCACGGCUGGAAAGCAGCUGCAAGGCGUUGGAACGAUUGCUCUGCCAGUCGGGUAAAAGACUCCAGGAGAAAGAGCUGGAGCUUGAGCAGCUAACAAAAGAGCUGCGACAAGUGAAUCUGCAGCAGUUCAUCCAACAGACUGGCACCAAGGUCACGGUGCUGCCUGCUCAACCCACAGGAGAGAACAACAAUGAUUUGGAGUGCGGCUCUCUGAAGCGACUCGGCUCCUCACGACUAUUACCAAGUGAUCUUCGCGCCCUGCAGAGCAGGGUCUCCUCCAGCCUAAACCCAGAAGGCAUCUAUGUCUAACUCCCUACACUCGAUGCAGCUGGGUGGCUUGACGCUUCUACAGCUGGGUAUAAACACAGGAGUUUGAGAAUCCUUUUCAGGAAAAGCAACUUUUACUUCUCCAAACCAGGAUUGGGACAUAAACUGAUGUCAUCAUCUGUUUGCACACUAACAAACAGUGAGUUUUCCUCCUGUGCUGGUGCAUAGUGAGGUUAAAAAAAAAAAAAAACAGUUCUGAACCUACAGACUUUUCACUAGCGGACUGUUUCAGACUGUUUGUAAAUGAAAAGAGAAUUUCAGGAGGUGUAUCUUAAAUAAAAGUAGAUGCAUGGACAUGCACACAUCUGUGCUAUAAUCAUAGCCAUAUCUGAUUGCCUUACUCUGGUUAAAAAAUGAAAAAUAAACCUGACUUAAACAAUUGUCAUGUCAAAGUAAAACUCAAGGUAUCUUUCAAAAUGCCAUAAAAGAUUUAAAAUGUUAGGUAGCAACCCAGUAGGCUGGUCUUUUUUAUGUCAGAAAUUAGAUCUGGUAUUUUUAUUAUCCAUGGAUUUAGAGUUUUAUAUUAAUUCAUUAGCUUUAGAGUAGCCAUUUACUUUUUUUAACUCUGACAUUUAAAAUCUACUGAUAAUACACAGUAUAGGCGGUUUAAAAACCGUGUUAAGGGGUCUAUAGAGUAACAUGCAUGCAAAAUUAAACGAACAAGCGACGUUAAAUGAAUGGCCACCAGGUGGCGACAAACACACAUUAUUCAGG